CAAAAAUCUCAAAUAUAUUAUACUCCAAAAUCGCUUACCAAAAAAAGUUAGUCUAAACAAUCGAGAAAUAUUAAAAUGGACCUCCAUUUCAUUCCAUUGUUACAAAACCUCCACCACAUCCUGGAAGAAACCAACAAAUCAUCAUCAGACAGCAACAGCAAUGUCGGUGAACCCGGUCGGGCUUAUGUUCGAGACGCAAGAGCAAUGGCGGCAACACCAGCUGAUGUGAAGGAAUACCCGAAUUCAUACGUGUUCAUAAUCGACAUGCCCGGUUUGAAAUCUGGAGAUAUAAAUGUGCAGGUCGAAGAUGAGAAUGUGUUGGUGAUAAGUGGAGAAAGGAAAAGAGAGAAUGAAGAAAAAGAAGGGGUGAAGUAUGUACGGAUGGAGAGGAGGAUUGGAAAAUUUAUGAGGAAGUUUUCGUUGCCAGAGAAUGCGAAUAUGGAUAAGAUAUCUGCGGUUUCUCAAGACGGGGUUCUUACUGUUACUGUUGAGAAGCUGCCUCCCCCUGAGCCCAAGAAGCCCAAGACUAUUCAGGUUCAGGUUGCUUAGACUGAUUGUGUCGAAAAUUGGAAUGUUUAGUCUCUGUGAUGUUUUAAUUAAUGAAGAAUAAGUUGGAUGGAUCUUUUGUAGUGAAAGUGGUAUUUUGAGUGAUGUGGGUUAUUUCGUUGGGUUGGCUCUGUUUUGCUGAUACUUUUGAUGUAAUGAAAUCUAUCUAAUAUCAAUGUUGGUUUGCUGUUCGAUUAAAA